AUGGACACCGGAGGCUGCGAGGAACUACCCAUCGAAAGCGAGGAAAUCGGGAAGAAGCAACGAACGGAUUCAACGAAGGAAAAGAAGAAGGAGCUUACUGAGAAUGGUCGCCAGAGAAGUAGAGGAGAAGAAUCGUCGCUGACGCCGCUCAAAGACGAAAAUGCAGGGAAUGAAGAUGACGACAAAUCUGGUUGCUGCAAGCCUCCGAAGUACUGCAAAUUCAAGAACACGAACGCAACAUCGACGAUCCCUGAUUCCGCUACCGCUUCGUCGUCCCCUGAUUGCUUAGCGUGGAGCAACAACCUGCACCAGCUCUGCUACUCUUGCAGCUCGUGCAAGGCGGGCGUCGUCGCAGUUCUUCGACGCGGAUGGAAGAAGCUCACCAUUGCCAACCUCAUCCUCCUCAUCCUCGUCAUCAUCAUGUCCUCUCUCACGUGCUGCGCGUUGAGGAACAACAGGCGCCGGCGUCACGUAACUGGAGCUCACCCUUGA